AUGUUGGCAAAUGAAAAUGAUGCGACAAGGGUCAGGAAUCUUUUUCGAGGCUCUGGAGUAAAAUUGGCUUGGCUUGGAAUCGUUGCUAAACCGAAUGGACAUCAGAUUUUCUUGAAUGGACUUGAUGCAACAGCAGCUCACUUUGCUCCCGAUUUCAUGGUCGGAAAUGGAAAUCUGCCGAAAAGCUAUGAGAAUGCGAUCAACAACUGCACGAAAAGGAUAAAUGUCAUUAAUUGCGCCACGUGGUUAUCGAGAGCGAAAUGUUGGAUCAAUCCAAUCAAAGCUUUGCCCACGGCAAUAGCCGAUUACAAAGAGUAUCAACAGUUCAUUCGAUAUCAGGCUUAUUCCAAUCCGGAUAUCGCUUUUGAUCCAAUUUGCUUCAAAAAUGUGAAGGCCACAUUCUUUCCCGAUCCCCAGCCAGUUUUUGAUCUCCAGCAUCCGUACAUGGGCAAUGUGAUGAAUAUGAUUUUCGGAUCAGACACGGGAUUUCCUGACAUGUGGCUAGCUGUUCCCAGUAAACAAGUCGGUGUGCUCUGCCAACGGCCAUUCGUU